GGCCCAGCCCGGCCAGGCCCGGCGGGCUGCGCGUUGACCUUGCAGGCGGUCAAGCCGGCCACCCCUUGUUUCCCGGCGCCGGCGCUCGGGAGUCUGGGCGGGGUCCUCGGAGCCAGGCGCCACGGACACUGUCGCCCUGGCGAGAUCCGCGAGCCUCUGGCGAGGGAAGCAACCUCCGGCCCCGCGGAGGCCGAGCGUGGCCGCAUCCGGAGACAGCUCUGGCUCAUUCAUUGGGUUCCUACUGUGAGCUCCUGUACGGCGCUCAGCCAACCCAACUACUGUUGAGUUCUGGGCGCGGCCCCGCUCGGCUUCUUUGUGGGUGGCCGGGGCGAGGUAGGGUCGUGCAGUGGUUCUUCAGGGACGGGAGACAGCUAGGACAGAGCCGACUAUUAGACCCAGACAGCCCACUCGGGGAGAGGAGCUCCAGACCUCCCGGAGCUUUGCAUUUUGUCCCAAUAACGACGUCAAGCCCGUGAGUUUAAGGUCGUAUCAAAAACCGAGUUUGUAGUGUGUGGAACGGGAUGGUGAGAGGAAGUUGUGUGGGGCAGGAAGUGGUGGGUCGCCAGCGACAAGUGAGGACCACCUCAGGUGUGUUGGAAGAAGGGGUGUUAGGAGUGGAUGACAGCCGUGUUUCUGGCAUGAGGAACUGGAUGCUGGAGAUGCCAUUUGCCAAAGUGGACAGCGGAGGAGGAGCAAGUCCUCUCCAUUAUGGCCCGGCGUCCACGGAGCAGCAGGGCAUGGCACUUUGUUCUGAGUGCAGCCCGCCGAGACACAGAUGCCCGGGCUGUGGCUCUGGCCGGCACCACUAACUGGGACUACGACUCUGAUGGGCAGCACAGCGACUCAGACUCUGACCCUGAGUACUCCUCCCUGCCACCAUCCAUCCCCAGUGCUGUGCCUGUGACAGGAGAGUCCUUCUGUGACUGUGAGGGUCAGAGUGAGGCUACCUUCUGCAACAGUGUACACACAGCACACCGUGGCAAGGACUGCCGCUGUGGUGAGGAGGAUGAGGAUUUUGAUUGGGUCUGGGAUGACCUGAACAAGUCCUCAGCCACCUUGCUGAGCUGUGAUAAUCGUAAGGUCAGCUUUCACAUGGAGUAUAGCUGUGGGACUGCAGCCAUUCGGGGCACCAAGGAGCUAGGGGAUGGCCAACAUUUCUGGGAAAUCAAGAUGACCUCUCCUGUAUAUGGCACCGACAUGAUGGUGGGCAUUGGGACAUCAGAUGUAGACCUGGACAAGUAUCACCACACAUUCUGCAGCCUGCUUGGCAGGGAUGAAGACAGCUGGGGCCUCUCUUACACUGGACUCCUCCACCACAAAGGUGACAAGACAAGCUUCUCUUCACGCUUUGGCCAGGGCUCUAUUAUUGGCGUACACUUGGACACCUGGCAUGGGACAUUGACCUUCUUCAAGAACAGGAAGUGCAUAGGAGUAGCCGCCACCCGGCUGCAAAACAGAAGGUUCUAUCCAAUGGUCUGCUCCACAGCUGCCAAGAGUAGCAUGAAAGUCAUCCGCUCCUGCGCCAGCUCCACCUCCCUGCAAUACCUGUGCUGCUACCGCCUGCGCCAGCUCCGGCCAAACUCAGGGGAUACCCUUGAGGGCCUGCCCUUGCCACCUGGCCUCAAGCAAGUGCUGCAUAACAAGCUGGGCUGGGUCCUGAGCAUGAACUGCAACCACUGGAAGUCCCCUGUGCCCUCUCCUGGCACAGCUACGCCUGGUGCAGAGAGUCCUGAGACCAGGCCCUGUCAGAGGAAGCGCUGCCGAAGAAGCUGACUUCUCCACUGGGAAUGCAACUACCUUUCUGUCCUCCAGGCCAGCAGGCGAGGGAAGAACUGAGACCUGUCUAGGCUUGUCCCAUCUUCCUGAGGCCGGGACAGCCUUCUCUGUUGGCCUGUGCUGGUGGGGAAGCAGCACUCCUGUUUGCCUUCUGAGUUGCCAUGUGUCUUGGGAAGAGCAGCCCGAACACCUCUGGACCUAGAUUACAAACCUGGGAGGCUAGCUGAUUCAGGGCAGUGUACUCACAGCCCAGGGAAAAGGAGAGGGGCUUUCCUGACCAGCAUUGUAUGCUGUCAGCACCUGCUGUUAUGUCAGUAGGUGCCCUGUGAAGGGUUUAUGUCACGUUCCCACAGGCUAUAACAUUAAAAAAGUCCUCACAAAGGCUG